UUUUGGGACAAACAUCACUCCGGACGAUGAACAUGGAAAGUUAAAACUUUAUCGACAUGGACGGAAGAGGACGGAGAGGAACCAACGGAUCAUUCAAACGAUCGUCCAUCAAACGCAGCGCUUCCUCUGGGUCGCAGAAGACUCAGAGAGCGUGGAUCGAGAGAACUUUCCAGAAGAGAGAAUGUAUCCAGAUUAUUCCCGCCAAGGACGUCAGCAGGUGCGGUUGUGGCCAGCCGGUGUCGCAGCACACCCCCGUCCCUCCCAAAGAGGACUUUGUGGCUCCGCAGGACGUCCAACCUCCAGAGAGAUGGAGUCCUCUGAAACACACCCAGACCUCGUCCACCGACGCCUAUGGAGUCAUCGAGUUUCAGGGCGGAGGACACGUCAACAAGGCCAUGUACAUCCGGGUCUCGUACGACUCGAAGCCUGACCACCUGCUGCACCUGAUGGUGAAGGACUGGCAGCUGGAGCUUCCCACGCUGCUCAUCUCCGUGCACGGAGGCCUGCAGAACUUCGACCUGCCGCCCAAACUCAAGCAAGUGUUUGGGAAAGGACUGAUCAAAGCUGCCGUGACCACCGGAGCCUGGAUCUUCACCGGAGGAGUCAGCACCGGAGUCAUCCGCCACGUCGGAGACGCUCUCAAAGAUCAUUCGUCAAAGUCCAGAGGGAAAGUCUGCGCCAUCGGCCUCGCGCCGUGGGGCAUCGUGGAGAACAAAGAGGAUCUCAUCGGCAGAGACGUGACGCGUCCCUACCAGACGAUGUCCAACCCGCUCAGCAAGCUGUCGGUGCUGAACAGCAGCCACUCCCACUUCAUCCUGGCCGACAACGGGACCAGCGGAAAGUACGGCGCCGAAGUGCGGCUCCGCCGGCAGCUGGAGAAGCACAUCGCUCUGCAGAAGAUCAACACACGUCUGGGUCAGGGCGUCCCAGUGGUGUGUCUGGUCCUGGAGGGCGGUCCAAACAUCAUCUCCAUCGUGUUGGAGAGUCUGAGGGAGGAGCCUCCAGUCCCCGUCGUCGUCUGUGACGGCAGCGGCCGCGCCUCGGACAUCAUUUCCUUCGCACACAAACACUGCGGGGAAGACGGGUGA